UUGUCACGGCCCGCUAGUUUUGACCCAACCCCUUGCCGAUUUCCCUUGGGUUGGGGAGGUUACAAAGAGUCCAAGUUGUAGCCCAAGUAGGGUUAGGCCCAAGUUGGCCCAAUUGUAUAGUGGUAGGUAGAGCUAUUUUUGGUAGGUAGGGUAGGUGGUGGUAGGUAGAGACAAUCAAGGGAUUGCUCCACUCCCAUCCGUUAGAUCAUAUCGAUCUCCACCGUCCAUUGAGGAGGUGGUCUUGUAUAAAUAGAGCAUUCGAGCAACACAUUCGGGAGAGGCUGACUUAGCUAUCGCGAGGGGCGAGAAGGAGCUAAGGCCGCACGGUUCUUUGUUGAGGGAACAAGUCCGUGACAAGUGGUAUCAGAGCCCGGCUAAGGGCUUUGUGUUGAUCGAAUUCUCAACGAUGGCGAACGUUGAAGAUAUCUCGUACGUGACCGAGGGACGUGGCAGGGAGGCCCACGUAAACAACAAGAAGAAGAGGGACCACAGCAAGGCUCGUGGGGAGAGUACCAGUACCGAGGCCGUGCUAACGGAUCAUGGCGAAAGACUCGAGAGGCUCGAGAAUAACAUCGCCAUAGCGGAGCUUAGCGAAAGAUUCGAGAAGCUCGAGCACGAUACGGGAGUGUUGGAGAAUCACGUCGCCGAGCAACUCGAUUUGUCUAGGGACAAUGAGGCGUUGCGGGAGGAACGGUUGGAUCGAUUUGAGGCUAUCAUCCAAUCCCUCCAAGAGAGCAUCGAGGGGAUGCGCGACGACUUGGCCUUGUGCAAAAAGGCCGCCGCUAACGGUAGCGUUGGCGCCACUUCGAGUCCAAGGGUGGACUGCCCGAAGCCAACGGGAUUCAACGGCGUAAGGGACGCCAAGGAAGUUGAAAACUUCUUAUGGAGGAUGGAGCAAUACUUCGAGGGUAUCGGUCUAGUCGACGAGACGACUAAGGUAAGAACUUCUUCCCUUUACCUUUCCGAUACGGCAAUGUUGUGGUGGCGUAGGAAGCACGCCGACAUCGAGAAAGGCAUUUGCCGAAUCGAUACUUGGGAAGAGUUCAAGAGGGAACUCAAGCGACACUUCUACCCGGAGAACGUCGUCUAUGAGGCUCGAAGGAAGUUGAGGGAACUCAAGCAACGAAGUUCAAUCCGCGAGUACGUGACGGAGUUCACCACCCUCACCCUUCAAAUUCCCAAUCUCUCCGAGGAGGACCUUCUUUUCCACUUCACCGAUGGGUUACAAGGCUGGGCCAAGCAAGAACUCCACCGACGAGACAUCAAAUCCGUCGAUGAAGCUAUUGCCGCCGCCGAGUCUUUAACCGAGUAUCAACCGAGAGAGCCGUUGCGAAAAGAGAAGUGGAGCCCGACUAAAGGCGGAGAAGAGAGACGGGACAAUCAUGGUCGGGACUACCGAGACAACCGAGACCCAAGGCGAGCGUCAACCUCGAGGGGAGGAGACAAGCCAUCCUCACGCCAUCAACUUGAAGAGAAGAAGAAGUCGUUUGUGCCUAAGGGAGGAUGCUUCGUGUGCAAGGGGCCGCACGCGAUGAGUCAAUGUCCCAAGAUGGGGUCCUUGUCGGCACUCCUACAACAAGAGGCCGAGCAAGACACAAACGAGGAGCUAGGCCACAUGGGAUCACUCCAACUUCUGAACGCCUUGAAGGCUAAUCCGAUGCCGGCAACAUCAAGCAAGGAGCUGAUGUACGUGGAGGCCCGCAUCAACGGUACCCCAGCAAAGGUGAUGGUGGACACGGGAGCGACCCACAACUUCAUCACCGAAGACGAGGCCAAGAGGGUUGGCCUACGGUGGACUAGACGAGACGGUUGGCUCAAGGCCGCUAACGCUAAGGCACAACCGCUCAACGGUGUAGCACGAGACGCGGAGCUGCACUUAGCCACUUGGAAGGGCCAAGUGGAUUUCUCGGUAGCACCAAUGGAUGACUUCAAGGUGGUGCUAGGCAUGGAUUUCUUCCGCAAGGUAAUGGCUAUCCCGAUGCCUUGUUUUAAUUCACUUUGUAUCUUAGAGAAGGGGACACCUUGCAUGGUGCCGGCCAUCAACGGCACCACUAAGGAAGAAAACACACAACCAAGGCAACUGUCGGCCAUGCAAGUUGCCAAGGGAGUUCGACGGGGCGAGCCGACAUUCUUAGCCGCUUUAAAGGAGGAAAGCCCGCCCGUCAACAAAGAGGAGGACGUGUCACCGAUCAUCCAAACCGUCUUGGAGGCCAGCCAAGACGUGAUGCCACCGAAUUUGCCCAACAAGCUUCCACCUAGGAGGGAGGUGGACCACGCCACCGAGUUGGUCGAGAUGGGGGAAAUCCGACCAUCGAAGGCAAGCGUUGGGGCCGACGCAUUGAGUAGAAAAGCCGAACCCACAGCGAUUAGCUCGACAAGGGGGAACUUGGCCGACAUGAUCCGAGAAGGGCUCGAACAUGAUCCAAUGACCAAGGAGCUAAUUCGACUCGUCAAGGAGGGCAAGACGAGAAAAUUUUGGGUAGAGGACGGCUUACUCUACACGAAGGGGCAGCGACUCUUCGUUCCGAAGUGGGGCAGCUUGAGGAAGGACCUCAUAAAGGAAUGCCACGACACCAAGUGGGCGGGGCAUCCGGGCCAAAUGAGGACAAUGACGUUGCUCGAGACGGCCUACUUUUGGCCUCACAUGCGGGACGGUGUCGAUGCAUGUGUGAAGACUUGUCUUGUUUGCCAACAAGACAAGGUGGAGAGUAAACAACCGGCAGGGCUGGAGCCUCAUCAAAUGAAUUACCCAAGUACGAGGCAACGUGGAAGACGAAUGAAGACUUGUGAAAAUUUCGAGAUCGUCUCCACUUGUUCGAGGCAACGAGGACGUCGCCGGAUUAGGCGGGGGAGGAUGUCACGGCCCGCUAGUUUUGACCCAACCCCUUGCCGAUUUCCCUUGGGUUGGGGAGGUUACAAAGAGUCCAAGUUGUAGCCCAAGUAGGGUUAGGCCCAAGUUGGCCCAAUUGUAUAGUGGUAGGUAGAGCUAUUUUUGGUAGGUAGGGUAGGUGGUGGUAGGUAGAGACAAUCAAGGGAUUGCUCCACUCCCAUCCGUUAGAUCAUAUCGAUCUCCACCGUCCAUUGAGGAGGUGGUCUUGUAUAAAUUGAGGUAGGGACCUCAUUUGUAAUCAUUCA